UGGCGCAAGAGCUAUCAUGGCGGCCAGGCCCUUUGGUCUUCUCGGGACGGUUGUAGUGCUGGCGGCUCUGUUACAGUUCCCCUCGCGUUCGUGGGCUUCAGAAACGCCCGGUGGUGGUGGCGCUGGUGCUGGUGCUGGCGGGGAUGCUCUCGGCGCCGGCGAGAGGUUUAAGAUCGAGGGCCGCGCGGUGGUGCCGGGGGUGAAGCCCCAAGACUGGAUCGCGGGGGGCCGAGUGCUGGUGGACGGGGAGGAGCACGUCGGCUUCCUCAAGACAGAUGGAAGCUUCGUUGUUCAUGAUAUUCCUUCUGGAUCAUACGUUGUUGAAGUUAUAUCUCCAGCUUACAAAUUUGAACCAGUACGGGUAGAUAUUACUUCAAGAGGAAAAAUGAGAGCAAGAUAUGUGAAUUAUAUCAAAACAUCAGAAGUCGUUCGAUUGCCAUAUCCUCUUCAAAUGAAAUCUUCUGGGCCUCCGUCAUAUUUUAUAAAGAGAGAGUCUUGGGGAUGGACAGACUUUUUAAUGAACCCCAUGGUUAUGAUGAUGAUCCUUCCAUUGCUAAUCUUUGUAUUAUUACCUAAAGUUGUCAAUACAAGUGAUCCUGACAUGAGGCGGGAAAUGGAGCAAUCCAUGAAUAUGUUGAAUUCUAACCAUGAGCUGCCUGAUGUGUCAGAGUUUAUGACAAGACUUUUUUCUUCAAAAUCUUCCAGCAAGUCUACUGGCAGUAGCAGUAAAAUAGGAAAAAGUGGUGCAGGAAAAAGGAGGUAGUUGUUUCUUUUCCUGGAACCACAAUUUGCACAGCUCUGUGAUGUGUUAUCAUCUGGAUGUUCUGUGAAAGAACAGAAAGCCACUACUGUAACCUUGAUUCAGUUUGAAUUUUGAGAGGAUACAACUGUAGCUUUUUAAUCUAUUUAAGUAUCUUGUUCUUGAAAUACCCGGGAGCAUCACUUCUGUCUAAAAUAUGUAAGGUCAGUACUGAUGAUAAUUUAACUCCUUUGUAGAGAAUGACAUUAAAGAAUUUAAAUUAUGUGCAA